AUGGCUCCCGCUCUGGAUUACGCGCCGAUUCCCGUAGGCAACACGGCCGUCAAUGUAUGCUCCACGCCCAAAGCUAUCAAGUCCGAGAUCAAUGCUGAGCCCAACAUCCCACUUAUCCGCACAAGCAUUGCAUCUCCCGAAGACUCCAAGAGCAAAGUCCCCGCCGUCGACUCCGAUGAACUGAAAGGUACUGCUCAGCCUGCGUACGAACCGGAGGAAUACACUUGGGUCUCGAUUGAGAUAAGCUGCGACAAUGGGCUUUCAUUUGUCAAGGUCAAAGACAUGGAGGACAGCCUUCGUCGAACCUUCCCAGACGCACGCAUCAGAUGCCACAAGAGCGUGUCUAAGAUAAUCCAAGAUGAGACCAAGAAAAGACGUCUUACUUAG